GUCAACAAUCAGGGCACAGGAGCCAAUUGGGGGGGUUUUGUGGCCCAUUGUCAGCGCUUUUCAGAGCAGCGAUGGCGCUAACCCUGGGCGCUAAUCCCCCAAACCGCAAAUGCGUCAGCCGUUGGGCCAAGCAGCCAAGCAUCUCCGACCUGGAACGUUUCGCGAUGCCAUAUUAACCGUCGCCGGGCGAAGAACGCAGAGAUUUUCCCUCAUGCAUUUUUUCACUAGGCGUCUCUCAUGGGGCGCGAGACAGUAGGCUGCUUUAGAUAUGUGGAUGCGACUGAGAGGCCGGUGGGAUAAUAGAGAACCUUGGCCCCCCGUUUACGUCCCCGUUCGAGUGAAAGUUUGCAUUACUGGAUAAUUUUUUUUAUUUUUCGCCUCUAGACUUCUUUUCUUGCUUUCGUGAGUGCCGGUCGCUCGUUGUUUUUACUUCUCGGUCACCAACCCGAUUCCUUCCUUGACCAGAUCUUGUUCCCCGGUGGAAAAUGGGCAAAUCGUGGAUAAUGUUGGCGGCGGCCGCGCUGGUUGCGACUGCGUCGGCGCACGGCAACAUCACCUCGCCGCCGGCGCGCCUGCCCGGUGCCGCCAUGGUCAAGGCGUGUGGCCAGGCUGCCGUGAACAGCAUCCUGGCCGAGGGCACGCUUCCGCUGGAAAGCGUCGCGAGCCCUCUCGCUAGCUGCCAGCUCAACCUCUGCCGCGGCGCCGUUUUCGCGGACAACGUGAACCUGGUGCAGCAGUUCACCCCGGGGCAGGUAAUCGCGCUGACGGCCAUCCUGCCGAUCCCGCACGAAGGGCCCGCCAACGUGUCCAUCGUGCAGACGGCCACCAACACGGUGCUCGGCCAGCCGCUCAUCGUCUUUGACAGCUACGCCGACGAGAAGCUCGCCGUGCUGCCGGCCAACAAUACAGCCUUUAGCGUCACCAUCCCCGCCGCCGGCCUCGGGAACAGCUGCCUCACUGCGGGCGAGUGCGUGCUGCAGUGGUUCUGGUUCGGCACGGCGGCCAAGCAGACUUACGAGAGCUGCAUCGACUUUGUCAUUGCUGUUUAGGGUGUUUUAUUUGGGACGGGAGACGCAUCGACUUUGUCGUCGUUGUCUAUGGUUAUGGUGUUCGAUGAGGGGAGAAGAGAGACACGAGAUGUAG